CAGAAACGAGCCCCCCGUUCCAAUUAGUCCACGGAACACCGUGUUUUUGUUUUACAUUUCUUCUUCUCUCUCUCUUGCCCAUUCUUCGGUCUGAAAGUCAGCAGGAAAAUUUGCGAAGUCGAGUAAGAGAGGUGCGGUCAAGUGUUAUUCAAAAACUUGCAAGUUUUGUGCGUAUGGAUUUAGGUGGUUAUGGAUAGAAUUAUAGCUCGAAUGAAGAAAUCGUCGGGUAGAAGAGGGGAUAAAACGCCGACAAGGCGGUUAGAGCGCCGUGACGCCUUGAAGCAUAUUAAUUAUGACGCAGCGUCGACUUCCACUUGGUCAGCUGAAGAUAUCUCCGCUUCUCUGGUGACGCGCUCUCUGGAGUUGCCAGAUCGCACCAGUUUCCGAAUCUUCGGAGGUGGAGAUGUAGAAAUGGAUCAGAUUUACAAGUCCCUUGGUUUGUCUGGUCCUGAUGAUUUGGCUAUAUCUUUUGACGCCUGGGAAGCUUGCAAGAAGCGUUCGUCUUCAGAUGUUAUCAACAGGUUCAAGUCUUUCGAGCUCGAUCUUCACAAUUUUCCUGUUCAGAGUUUGAGUGAAGCGGCUCCUAGCUAUGGAGAAAACAAGCCUUGUCUUGAGCGAAGACCAACCAUCACUGUAAAGUCUAGAGGUUAUCUUGUUCCAAAUCACGGUGAUGUUGCUUCUGGUGGUGGUGCAGGAGAAAACAAGCCUUGUCUUGAGCGAACACCGACCAUCACUGUAAAGUCUAGAGGUUAUCUUGUUCCAAAUCAGAGUGAUGUUGCUUCUGGUGGUGGUGCGGGAGAAGACAAGCGUGGUCUUGUGCGAACACCGACCAUCACUGUAAAGUCUAGAGGUUAUCUUGUUCCAAAUCAGAGUGAUGUUGGUAUAAAGGGAGUAAGGCCACCGGUGCUUAAGCCUCCUCCGGCCAAACGACCUCCUAUUGAUCAUCAGGGAUCAUCUUGGGAUUUCCUUACCCAUUUCGCCCCAGAGGAUGGAAUUGUUAGGCGGCCAAGUUCCUCUUCUACUUCCGACAAUGGAGAGGAAACCUUGGAAGAGGAAGUGGAUACUGGUGAUGAGGCAUGCUCAUUCAGUACGAACGAAGGUGGUGGUGACUCCUCAAGCACUGUAUCCAAUACUUCGCCCAUUUAUGCAAACGGUGGAUCUAUCAUCACGUCGUGGCAGAAGGGUGGACUUCUGGGACGAGGAUCGUUUGGCUCCGUUUUUGAAGGCAUUUCAGGAGAUGGGGACUUCUUUGCUGUUAAGGAAGUUUCACUACUUGAACAAGGAAGUCAGGCACAAGAAUGCAUACAACAACUCGAGGGGGAGAUUGCACUGCUUAGCCAGCUUCAGCAUCAGAAUAUCGUGAGAUAUCGUGGCACUGCCAAGGAUGGGUCGAAUUUGUACAUCUUUCUUGAGCUUGUAACCCAGGGGUCUCUUUCAAAGCUCUACCAAAGAUACCAGCUUAUGGACUCUGUAGUCUCCACGUACACUAGACAAAUUCUUGAUGGUUUGAAGUAUCUCCACGACAAAGGUUUUAUUCACAGGGACAUCAAAUGUGCAAACAUACUGGUGGACGCCAACGGAGCUGUUAAACUUGCAGAUUUUGGAUUAGCAAAGGUUUCAAAAUUGAACGACAUUAAGUCCUGCAAGGGAACUCCAUUCUGGAUGGCUCCAGAGGUUAUUAACCCGAAGCGUACUGAUGGGUAUGGAAGUUCAGCUGAUAUAUGGAGCCUUGGGUGCACAGUGCUGGAAAUGCUCACUGGUCAGAUCCCCUACUGCGAUCUAGAAAACCCCGUUCAAGCCCUGUAUAGGAUCGGAAGGGGUGUGCUUCCGGACAUACCUGAUACAUUAUCACUCGAUGGCCGAGAUUUCAUAACUGAAUGUCUCAAAGUGGACCCUGAAGAGCGGCCAACUGCGGCUGAGCUGCUGAACCAUCCAUUUGUGAGAAGGCCCUUAGCAUACUCAGGCUCGGGAUUGGGAUCAGCAUCUCCGCAUGUCCAUAGACGAGGCUAAUUGCAGGCGCAAGCAGAAGAUUUUUGAAAGAUGAGACCAACCCCAUAGAAACUAGAAACGUUUGGGGAAACACGAGAUAUGAUUCUUCAACACACGUACGGUUCAGUUGGGCAGCAAGAGCUAAACUGCAUGGAGGAGACAUAUCCUUUAGGUUUGCUUCUGGCUCAUUCGUUGGUUAUUUUUUUUAAGUUGUAUGUUGGACGUAAUUUGGGAACUUGAGAUCCAUGUUCUUCUAGGAAAAUGAUUAAUUAGAGUGCCGAUCUUGGUGUUUUGAGUGUAUAGGUUUUGUAAGUUUUAUUAAACUUAUUGAUGUAAUGUAUAAUUGGUUUUUGAGAGUUUUUGUGUAUUUGUAACUGUGUGCACAUCACGCGUCCGGUGUCCUUUUGGGUUUUAUCUCUAACUAGUGGGUAUCGCGCUAUGCGGAACUGUCGAUAAUUAUUUUUCAUGAAAAAAUGUUUGUAUUUUAUUUU